CCCCCGCCAUCCACACGCACCAUGCUCCCCACCGCCGCCCGCCGCUCGCUCGCAGGUCUCAUCCCCCCCAAGAUCGCCACCCCCGGCGCCGUCUCGUCCGGCACCACGUCCGCCAGGACCGCCCAGGUCAUCGACUUUUACUCCAAGCUCCCCAAGGGCCCCAAGCCCGCCAGCGAGAGGGUCGGCGGCAUCAAGGGCCGGUUCUUCCAGGGCAAGAACGCUUCAGGCGCGCCCGUCGUCGCCACGCUUGGUGCCCUCUUCCUCAUCGGCUACACGAUCGACUACAACAUGCACCUCAAGCACCACAAGCACGGCCACCACUAGACGUCUUUGGACCUAGAGAUGCGUGAUAGUAGUUUUUAAAAAUGAACCCAAAAGGAAUGCAGUGUUGUGGAUGUCUC